AUGGAAGGAAAUUCCAAAGACAGAGCAGCAGCAGCUAAAGAAGACAAAGAUGGCGGCGGCGGCGGCGGCGGAGAAGGAGUGAAAUUCCGGGGAGUGAGGCGGCGGCCGUGGGGGAAAUUCGCGGCGGAGAUUAGGGAUUGCAAUAACCACGGGGCGAGAGUGUGGCUGGGGACGUUCGCCACGGCGGAGGAGGCGGCGCGAGCUUAUGACCUGGCGGCGUACACCAUGAGGGGGUCCAUGGCUGUACUUAAUUUCCCGGAAGAAUAUUCCUUCUUCACCAAUACUAGUAAUAAUUGUCAUUCAUCCACAACGACGACGUCAGCAUUAUCCACGUCAGCAUUAUCCACGUCAGCAUCAUCCUCGUCAGAACAGAGGAAGGAGGUUUUCGAGUUCGAGUACUAUGAUAACAAGCUGUUGGAAGACCUUCUUGAAUUUGGAGAGAAAAGAAAUCACUAUGCUUCUGCUUUUCACUGGAAAUAA